AUGGAAACAGAAAUGCUUUCAAUUACAGCGCCAGCUUAUACCUGCCCAAGUGGCUACGAACUCUCGACGGUACCGAAGCCAACUAUCACUGGGGAUACAGAUGUCCUCAUCAGAGUACAUGCAGCGAGUAUCAAUCCAGUCGACGUCAAGAAGGCUGCCGGCGUAUUCAAGAUGGCGAUAAAGGAAGAAUUCCCAUAUAAAAUUGGAUAUGACGCCGCAGGUGUCGUUGUAGAAGUUGGAAAUGGCGUAACAAGGUUAAAGGUUGGCGAUGAAGUCUAUACAAGAUUGCCAGAAAUCGGGAGAGGUGCUUGGAGCGAAUUUGCCAAGUGCCCAGAUGACUAUGUCUCUUUGAAACCGAAGAAUCUCUCAUUUGCCGAUGCUGCAUCGCUACCACUGGCUGGAGUCACGGCAUUGCAGGUCCUCAGACAAUACAAAGGUUCACUAGAGGGCAAGACGGUGUUCAUCCCCGGUGGCUUGAGCGGUACAGGAGCCAUCGCAUGCCAAUUGGCCAAGAAUGUCUUUCAUGCCGGUAAGGUUAUCACCACAGUCUCUACCACCAAGAUCCCCAAAGUCCCGGAGCUUCUGGGUGAAGGCACGGUGGAUCAGAUCAUCGAUUACACCAAGCAGAAAGUCUCGGAAGCCAUUCCUCCCAAAUCAGUUGACUUUUGCUUCGACACUACCGGUCAAUCCAUGGAAUUUCUCUCACUUAUGGUCCCUUCAACCAGCAUGAUUGUCUCCAUCUCAACAACUCCAUCUGCCUCAACACUACAGGCUUCAAGCGUCAUGCGACGACCAGAUAACCCUCGGAUCCCGUUCGCCGGACGACUGUUUCUUGACGCGGCAGAUGCGAUUCGCAGACUUCGGGCUUGGCGCUGGGGAGUCACAUAUAUGUAUCACUUCUUGGACCCCAAUCGAGAGGAUCUGGAUAUACUUACAGGUUGUGUGGAGAAUGGAAAGGUGAAACCCGUUGUUGGGGCGAGGGUGGACAUGAGAGAUAUCAAGGCCGUUCGCGAAGCUUGCGACCAGACCUACAAGGGGAAGGGAGGUUUAGGUAAGACAGUCUUUGAAGUGACCAAGGAUUAA